AUGCAGGACCUCGAAAGUCAACGAACUUCUCUCGAUGAGAAGACCCUGACCGGGACUGGCGAGCCAUCGAUCUCUGAAUCAAACAAUGCCGCACCAGCAGACGCAACAACAGACACAAAAGACGGCCAAGUUGGCAAAAAAGAAGGAGAGCAAGAAGAAGAAGAACAGGUCCCAUCUGCAGACGUCCUAUACCCCGUGACGGACCUCGACAAAGGCAUCGUCGGCUGGGACUCCCAAGAAGAUCCCGCCAAUCCUCAAAACUUUGCCCAGUCACGCAAAUGGGGCCUCCUAGCUCUGAUGAGUUCCAUGACGCUUGUGUCGCCAUUGGCGUCAAGCAUGUUUGCGCCUGCAGUGAGCGAUGCGGCGGCAGAUCUGAAGGUCACGAAUGAGACGCUGCUUUCUUUUAGUGUUACAAUCUAUUUGCUCGGCUAUACGUUUGGGCCCCUCUUUCUAGCACCGCUAAGCGAAAUAUACGGCCGCAGAAUCGUUCUCAGCUGCGCAAACUGGUUCUUCGUCGUAUGGCAGAUUGGCUGUGCUCUCGCUCCCAACAUUUCGGCUCUUGUCGUCUUUCGGCUGCUGGCUGGUAUCGGUGGAUCAGGUUGUCUCACACUAGGCGCAGGCGUGAUUGCAGAUUUGUUUCCCUUGAGAGAACGGGCUAGAGCAACCGCGCUUUGGAGUAUGGGUCCGUUGAUGGGGCCGGUUGCUGGACCUAUCUGUGGUGGGUUCAUAGGCGAGACCAUUGGUUGGAGAUGGGUUUAUUGGGUGUUGUUGAUUGUGGCGGGUUCUUUGUCGGUAGGAAUUGAGAUACUCAAUCGCGAGACCUAUGCGCGUGUUCUCAUCAAGUGGAAGUUGGAGAAGCUGGGAAAGGAGCUUGGUCGGGAUGAUCUGCGUAGUGGAUAUGAGUCUGAAGAGCAGAGUCGGAAUCGUCUGACGCCAGGGCAGGUUGUGAUGCAGGGUCUCAAAAGACCUGUCAUUCUCUUCUGCAAAUCGCCUAUCGUCUGUCUCAUGUGUGUAUACAUGAGUCUGAUUUAUGCGCUACUCUACCUCUUCUUCACCACGAUUCCGUCCGUAUUCGAGACCCAAUACAACUUUUCAGCUGGUCUAUCGGGUCUUGCCUACCUUGGUAUCGGAAUUGGUUUCUUGGUUGGAUUGCUGAUUGUCGGCAUCACCAACGACCGCAUCGUGCUCAGGAUGAUGAACAGCAACAACGGCAAGUACGAGCCCGAGAUGCGCCUGCCCACAAUGAUCAUCUUUGCCGCUAUUGCGCCCAUCAGCUUCUUCUGGUACGGCUGGUCCGCCGACAAGCACGUCCACUGGAUUGUGCCUAUUAUCGGCAUGUUCCCUUUCGGUCUGGCCAUGAUGGGGUUGUUUCUGCCUAUUCAGACAUACGUGAUUGAUUCGUAUCAGGUAUAUGCUGCCUCGGCAGUAGCAUGUCUGACAGCCACGAGAUCACUGCUUGCGGCGCUCCUGCCACUCGCUGGACCUAGCAUGUUUAAUGCGCUGGGCUUGGGAUGGGGGAAUUCGUUACUGGGGUUUUUGGCAUUGGCGUUUGUGCCGAUCCCGAUUCUAUUUACGCGGUAUGGGAAGAUGAUCCGGGAGAAGUAUCCGGUUGAUCUGGAUAAAUACUAG